AUGGAUCCAGUGGCAAUCCACCUUGCACUCUCGGUGCUGGACCUGGGGAUAAGUGCAGCUGCUGGAGCGGCUGCAGCAGCCACAGGCGCCCACGUUAACGGGAACGCGACCACGGCCCAAAUACUACGCCUUGGUGCUCUUGGAGGCUUGAUCAAGUCUGGCAUCCUCAAUGCAGCCGCUUUAUUGGGUCUGACUUCGAACAACAUCUUUCUCCAUGUGCUGAUUGCGUUUGCCGGCUCUUCCUUUGGGUCAGCAGUCCUUGCUACCUCGAUCGUAGCCAUGAAAUCACUAGGAGAUGUACCAGAUGAGUUGCUUAUAGCCGCCGUCGCUGCCGGGGCUCCUCUGACAGCAGGCACAGCGGCACUGCAUGCUUCUGGUAUGUAUGAUCCUCAUUUCUCCGAACACUCUCGCAGCACCCAGCUGUUGACACAAUAA